AUGACGCAUGGCCCUGAGUCUGGCCUCGAGGGUGGAGAAGCCAAGGAAGGGGCUCCCUCAUCUCUGGGGAACGAAGAGCCAGUCAGGGACCGCCGGAGCCCCCCCGCUGGCACACCUGCAGACCUGGUGGUUCCCAAAGGCCGGAAGGACAUCAAGGCCACCCCCACACGAGUGGGCCUGCAGUCCGCCCCCAAGGUCCUGGACCCCCACCCACUGCAGCUGCCAUUGGGGCAGCGGGAACUGGCUAUCCAAGCUCUGCGGUAUGCCGUCCAGGACCGACAGGAUGCCCGCCACCGCCGCAUCCUGCAGGAGGUGGCUGGGCUUCCGCCCGAGAGGGGCCCUCACAGUCAGGACAGGUUCCUGCGGGCCCAGGUCCAGAAGCUGACCCUGGAGCUGGAAGAACAAAAGGAACGGGCCCAGCUGGAGAGGAAGCGCCUGGAGGAGCAGCUGCUGCAGACCCAGACCUCGCUGCAGCAGCGGGAGUCCGAGCUGCAGGCCUUGCACAAGUCCUGCCUCGUGAAGCUGGCCCACUCCUCCUGGGUGGGCCGCAUGCUCCGCUCGUCCACCGGCAGCGUGGAGGUGGUGACAGCAGAGACCCUGGUGGACCCCAGCGACUCCUCUGAGAAUGACGAGGCCUCCCCUGCCCGGGAGGGCUUCCGGCUGGAGCAUGUGGACUGGAACACCAUCGCCCAGCGCUACCCCAACCUCCUCGCCAACAUCAAGUCGAACUCGGAUUACAAGCACCCCCGGCCCCGGACGCCCCCACGGCCCCCCGGGGACUCACUGCCCGAGGAGUGUGGCCUGGAGUCGAGCGGAAGACAGCACCGUCUCAAGAGUGUGGAGUGGGGCUCCGGGCCCUUCGUGGGCCCCGACAACUCCUGGGGCGCCGACGCGGACCCCCCCAGCUGGCAGCCGGAGGAGCGGAGCGGUGGGCAGAAGGCCACGGGGCACCCGAUCCGCUCGCCGGGCCACAUUUCUUUCCAGAACAUACCGCCACCAGACAGGAGCCUCCGCAGGGACUCGGAUGCAGAGCCUGAAGGACCUCCGGAACAGGAGGUCUCUCCAGACUCCUGUGGAACCCACUCAGACCAGCCGGGCCAGGCCGCAGACGCCGACCACGGGCCUUCAGUGCACCCUUGGAGCGAGACCUCCUCCUGCCUGAAGAUCGUGGCCGUGAGCCUCAGCAAGGGGUUCGUCCGCAUCCUCAACGAGUCCGCGGAGGAGACGGCCGACCUGGGCGGCUCCACGCUGCAGCAGCUCCAGGGCGACUUCCCCGUGCGCACCUACCGCUUCCCGCCCCACACGCUGCUGGAGCCGCAGCACCACGUCACGGUAUGGGGGGAGGGGCCCGGCUGCACCAGGAAGCAGCCGGGCCCCUCGUCCGUGGGCCGGAAGCCUGCCCACUUUCACCCGAGCCCGAGCUUCGUGACUCUUCUCCUGAGCCCCAAGGGUGAGGUUUUGAGCAAGUACCAGCCCCUGCUCUGCCCGGCCCCCGCCUUGAGGAUUUUCGCUGACACCGACUUGUCCAUCGACCGCUUCCUACUCUCAGAGGCCCAGCCCAGGGCCGAUGCUCGGCAGCAGCGGCGGCCGCCCCGACUCUCGCGCAAGCGUCGGAGGCGGGAGGCCAGGGCGCAGAGCCGGAGGCCCAGGCCCCCCACGGGCUGGCUCCAGCCCUCGCGAUUCUGUCGCCCCAGCAGGACACAGGGCCUGCCGCCGUGCUUGGCCACCAGCAAGCUCUCCAGCCUGCAGGAGGCGCCCGCGCCUCCCGAGCGCGUGGAGACCGACGACGCACGGGUGCUGCUGCCUGCCAUCACGGAGGACGGGCCGAGCCUCACCGUCUACCGGUAUAAGAUGGAGCCCACCGUCCGAGUGUGCCGGAAGAGCGUGGACCGGGGCUGCCCGAUGGUGGCGCUGUCGGUGCAGAGCAGGGCCAACAGCAGGUUCCGCUUACCCGGCUGCCCGCCCAUCACCGUGGACGCGUGCAGGCGGGUGUAG